AUGAUGGUGAUGAUGGUGAAGGCUUCCCUUACUGAGCACUUACUUCACACCAGGAGGUGUGCUUCCCACACUGUGGGAGCCUUCCCUCGGCUGUGCGCUGUGCUGCAGGUGCUACGGGAAGAGCGGGACCAGUGUCUGCAGGGACUCGCCGAGGAGAGGGCCAGGCACCCGGCCCCAGGCUGCCAGGGGCUGUGGGACAACACGAGCUGCUGGCCCUCCUCUGCGCUGGGACAGACGGUGGAAGUGGCCUGCCCGCGGUUCCUCUGGAUGCUCGUGGGCAGAAACGGUUCCAUGUUUCGAAACUGCACGCAGGCCGGCUGGUCAGAGACCUUCCCCAGGCCUGACCUGGCCUGUGGGGUCCACGUGAACGACUCCUCCAACGAGAAGAGGUACGAGUACCUCCUGAAGCUGAAGGUCAUGUACACCGUGGGCUACAGCUCCUCCCUGGUGAUGCUCCUGGUGGCCCUUGGCAUCCUCUGUGCCUUUCGGAAGCUCCACUGCACCCGCAACUACAUCCACAUGCAUCUCUUUGUGUCCUUCAUCCUGCGUGCCCUGUCCAACUUCAUCAAGGAUGCCGUGCUCUUCUCCUCCGACGACGUCGCCCGUUGUGAUGCCCACAGGGUGGGCUGUAAGCUGGUCAUGGUCUUCUUCCAGUACUGCAUCAUGGCCAACUACUCCUGGCUGCUGGUGGAAGGCCUCUACCUUCACACGCUCCUCGUCAUCUCCUUCUUCUCAGAAAGGAAAUGGCUCCAGGGAUUUAUUGCCCUCGGAUGGGGUUCCCCAGCCAUUUUUGUUGCUUCGUGGGCUGUCACCAGGCACUUUCUGGAAGAUGUCGGGUGCUGGGACAUCAAUGCCAACGCAUCCAUCUGGUGGGUCAUUCGAGGGCCUGUGAUCGUCUCCGUCCUGAUUAAUUUCAUCCUUUUUAUAAACAUCCUAAGGAUCCUGAUGAGAAAACUUAGAACUCAAGAAACAAGAGGAAGUGAAGGGAACCAUUAUAAGCGCCUGGCCAAGUCCACCCUCCUGCUGGUCCCCCUCUUCGGAGUCCACUACAUAAUCUUUGCCUUCUCCCCGGAGGAUGCCAUGGAGACGCAGCUAUUCUUUGAAUUGGCCCUUGGCUCAUUCCAGGGCCUGGUGGUGGCCGUUCUCUACUGCUUCCUCAAUGGGGAGGUGCAGCUGGAGGUUCAGAAGAAGUGGCGGCAGUGGCACCUGCGUGAGCUCCCACUGCACCCGGUGGCCCUCGGCUCCUUCAGCAGCGGCACCAAGGCCAGCCCCUCGGAGCAGAGCCGGGGUACCUGCAGGACCAGUGUCAUCUGAGGCUGGAGCAGGGCCACCCAGACAGGCCAAGAUGGGUCCUGAGGGCCGACUGCUGCCCAUCUUCCUGCCAGAUGCCGUGUGAUCGCUCCUGCGACUCUAACACCCCUCCUCCGGGCCUGGGGCAGGAAGAGG